AGUUAUCAGAGUAGAUUGUUGUGUCACAUGAGAAGUCACACAGGUGAGAAGCCGUAUUCUUGUGAGACAUGUGGCAAACGUUUCCGUGAACGGAGUCAUGUGUUGUACCACAUGAGAGUUCACAGAGGUGAGAGGCCGUAUUCUUGUGAAACAUGUGGCAAAAGUUUCAGUCGGCGGAGUCAUGCGUUGGACCACGUAAGAACUCACACAGGUGAGAAGCCAUGUUCUUGUGAAACAUGUGGGAAAACCUUCAGUCAACGAAGUCAUUUGAUGGACCACGUAAGAAUUCACACAGGUGAGAAGCCAUAUUCCUGUGCAACAUGUGGCAAAAGCUUCAAUAAACGGAGUAACAUGUUGGGUCACAUGAGAACUCACACAGGUGAGAAGCUGUGUUCUUGUGCAACAUGUGGCAAAAGUUUCAGUAAAGUGAGUUAUUUGUUAAGCCAUAUGAAAACUCACACAGGUGAGAAGCCAUAUUCUUGUCAAACAUGUGGGAAAAGAUUUUCUCAUCGUAGUUCAUUUAUGCGCCACCUGAAAACUCACAAAUAGAU